GAAGCAAGUGAUGGUGAGAGCAGUGAGAGAGCUGAAGGAGGUGGAGAAACUCAAGUUGAGGAGUGAACUGAGGGCCCCUCCGCUCGAUGCCCAAGGCAAUAUUCUGCCCCCACCAAACUUCAAGAAAUGGUCCAUGCCAGAGAACCCUUCCCCACCUACCAGACUUGGACCCAGCGUGAGUUCCUCCUCCCCAAAGAGGUCGCAGACUUGCCAGGCUUCACCCAGCAAGCCUACCACAAGUUGGCUCUGAAGAGGCCACCACACACAGAUUGCAAGUCCAAGGUUCGUCACCAGGUACUCUAUCCUUGGAAGGAUGCAGCCCAGCACACCUGGGGCUUUCACACAUGGCUCGAUGUGGGACGCUUGCCUGCCACCUUCCCCACCAGGCCAGACAUAGCCUAUGACAGCAACGUCUGGCGCUGCUUGACUCAUUUCAAUGCCCACCGUCUCCCGGUUGCACAACCUGCCAUCCCUCCGCCCUCCUGGAUGGGUCCACACAGCUUCCUGACCUUCAUCAGUGCUACCCCCAUCUUCAAGGACAAUAACAGGAAGAAGCAAGUGAUGGUGAGAGCAGUGAGAGAGCUGAAGGAGGUGGAGAAACUCAAGUUGAGGAGUGAACUGAGGGCCCCUCCGCUCGAUGCCCAAGGCAAUAUUCUGCCCCCACCAAACUUCAAGAAGUAAGCUCACCCCGCCCCUUCCCGGGUGGUGAUCCUGCCCAUGCCCUUGUGCCCCUUCCCCUCCCCCAGUCCUGUUUCCGGUGUCUAAUUUGCAUCUCCAACAUCCCCACUCAUGCUCAUCUGAGACUUCUUCUUCUGUGCACUGGAACCCACGGCCUUGCAAACACUAGAGAAGUGUUUUCCCUGGAGCCACACUCCCAAGUGCUUCCUGGAAGCAGCUGGCCAGAUGGUGCAGAUGGCAUGGGGGGGGCAGUGGAUGACACUUCAUUAUUUAACUAAAAGUGGAGAGAGGGCACUACUGUGAAUUCAAUAUCUGAUUGGCCUAGGGAUACUGAGGCAUGUAAUUUAGUCCCUGGUUUCCAAAGAAAGAAGAGGCAACUACCAAAAUCACACUAUACCUGCAAAGCACCCAA